AUGUAUUUUAAUUGGCAAACGUCUGCACUGCACACCUGGCCAUUGCAACCAGCUCCUCUAACGGCCUACACAACUUAUGGUUUGAAUUUAUUAACCCCUGCUCAAUUGCAAAAUACUGAAGUUAAACAAAAUGUACAAGUGGCCACAGUACAACCACCAGCAUUACAAACCAGCCCAAACUUUGGUCACUUCCUUACGCCUCAAUAUUUAACCGCUCAACAGCAAUAUUUUGCCUUUAAUAGUGCCUUUUUUAAUGCACCCUUUGGUCAAUAUGCCUAUACCACUGGACAACAAUAUUUGCCACAACUUUUUGCAACACUACCCAGCAUAACCCAAAAAUUACCCAUGGCAACACCAAAGGUAACUACAACUACCACCACAGAGGCUCCUACCCACAGACCGAAUAUCAGAAAUAGAGAACCCACUACCAGGAAACCUCAAGGUUCCCUGCAAGUAAAACCCCCAAAGCUACAACUUCAGCCAGAAGAUGUUAAGGAAAACUCUCAAGAUUCCCAGCAAGUACAAGUAGUACAACCAUAUGAAACUACUGAAAUAGUGGGCGGUUUUAAAAGCGAUACCGCUCUUUUGAAGGCAGUGGAAAAGAUAAAUCCCGAAUAUGUUAUAGAAGAAAUCAUAAAAGUACCAGGCAAACAUGUCUUCUCCACUGAGACCACCGAACAAAUUAAAACCCUAGCAAAACAAACAAAACCUCAAAAGCAAACUGUAUUGGCAACUGAACAGAAGCCAGCACACAUUCAAAAGCAAAAUGUAUUAGCAAAACAGCAGAAACAAAAACAAAUUAAGAAAUCUGCAGCUAGCUCUAGGACGGCAGCCAACCCCACUGAUACUUCAGAUACAGGAGUCAAAGUAGAGGCUAUUGGCAAAACCUCCACAAAAGGCAACAUACCAGAAAUACCAUUUGGCACUUACUUUUUGCCCUAUUUUUCACAGGAUCAGCAGCAGCAGCAACAAUCUGGUAAGAAAACCGCAAGCUUAAUUUUAGAACCCCACUCCAAAGCUAUUGUGGGCAAUGGUGGCACCGCCAUUUCAACGCCCUUCUCCAGAGCUUAUCUGAAACGAGGCGUUACUACGAAUGUAUACUUUAAUCCCGAAUCGGUGGCCAUUGCCGGAGUGGGAGGCAAAGCUCAUGCUCAGGCAGAUCUUGAGUUGGAUUUAAUAGAUUAAAUUUUGUGGCAGAAUAUGACAAAAGACUGAGCUGAUAUUAUUUUAGAAAUAAUAUAUAAAUAAUUAAACGAUAAUGUACAAAUGUGUAAAAAAAAAAGUAAAUAUUAUAUAGAUGAAUUAAUAAACAAAUUAAUAAUGUAAUGUAAAUAUAUAAAACAAA